AUGGUAUGGCUUCAAGAAUUCCGGUCUUCGGAGUCAUUCGUCGUGGCGACCGUGUCAACUGCCAUUUUCACUGAUUUAUUUAUUUAUGUCAUGAUUGUUCCGAUCAUGCCCACGGCCUUAGUUGAUCGCAUUGGCGCCAGCGAGAAGGAUGUUCAACUAUGGGUUUCAAUCCUUCUUGCCGUAUACGGCGGCUCGAUUCUUCUUGGAUCUCAGCUAAAAAUAAACUUGCACACAAUAGCAUUCUUCGGAUACUUUGCAGACCACUGCAAGCAACGGCAAUUGCCUUUUGUGGUCGGGCUAGUUGCCCUUACUGCCUCGACUGGUCUAUUUGCACUUGCUCGAUCCUUCCCUGUUCUAAUUGUUGCGCGGGCGCUACAGGGGCUAUCUGCCGCGGCGGUUUGGAUCGUCGGUCUUUCUAUCAUUGCGGAUAAUGUGCCCAGUGAGCGCGUGGGUGAAGCUAUGGGUUAUACUACCGUUGCGCUCUCAUGGGGAUCAUUGCUGGGACCCGCUCUUGGGGGAAUCAUGUAUGACAAGGUAGGCUUUCACGGGGCCUUCAUAGUACCUGUAUGUCUGCUUGUCGCGGAUGUAAUCAUGCGGUUUGCAAUGAUUGAGACAAAGAAAUCCACACAAGUCGAUGAUUCUUCUUGCAACGAGACGCAUAGCAGUUCUGCAAGUGAACCAGAAAGCGCCACUAAGAUCUUUCCAUAUUUGAGCCCCGAUGAGCAAACUCCUUUGUUGGGACCUUCAAAGUCAGAAGUCAACAUUGGGCAAAUUGAAAGAAAGGCCUCUGUCACUGUUUUCAGGCUACUCCGCUCCCCACGCUUGCCACUCGCAUUGGCAACAAUUGUAAUGAUUUCGAUCGUCAUUUCAUCUUUGGAUGCAACACUUCCAUUAUUCGUUAUUGAAAAGUUUAACUGGUCACCGAGCGGUGCUGGCUUGAUAUUCACUGUACCUGCCGUUGCUAGCUUCUCCACAAUAUAUAUUGCAGAGUACGCUAGCAAAAUAGGGCCACGGAUCCUCGGAGCGGCUGGAUUCAUACUCGUCGCCAUCUCGUGGUUUUUGAUGCAGCUUGUCCAACAUAACACCACGAAUGAUAUAGUUCUCUUGGCUGUAAUUCUGGCGGUGCUUGGUGCCUCCAUCUCUACAGUCCAGAUGAUUGCAAUGACAGAAGUAUCAUAUGCGGUCGAAGAACACGAGGCAGAAUUUCCUGGGGCUUUUGGUGAUAAGCCCCCUAUAGCACAGGCGUAUGCGCUCUUCAACAUGGGGCUUGCGGGAGGCCAGUUGCUAGGCCCUGUUAUCGCAGGAGCUAUUCGGGUUCACGCUGGAUGGAGCGGGCUAAUGAUCACUCUUGGGGCUUGUUGUGGGUUGAUGUCGCUACCUCUCUUGCUGUUCCGACAGAGGACAAUAGAGUCCACGGAAAACCAGACGGAAGAAAGCGCCUAG